AUGUCCCCUGUGCCCAAUGAAGCAGACCACGAGGUGCCGCGGAUGGACCCCAGGAUUCUGAUUUUCCUGCUCUACGUGAUGAUCCUGCACGAGCUGGUGAGCGGCUGGAUGGAGUACCAGAAGCAGAUAGCCAAGCCCAAGAAGCAGGCGGGUCCGGUCUGGUCCUCUAGCAGCACCACCAGAUCAAACCCCUCCAGCUUCUCCAGGCCUCUGGUGCACUCGGUGCGCAGGGAGAGGGGCAGGGACUGGAGGAAACCCGGGCGCAUCAUCCGCAAGGCCGGGACCCUGGCACAGUUAUACCAGUGGAAAGAGCAGCUCUGGACCAUGCUGUGCCUCCCAGCUGCUGGUGCCACCAGCCAUGAAGAGGUCAGCACAGAGGGUUCUCCUAAGUCCUUGGAGCUGAUGGACUCCCCCACCUCCACGAACACGAGCGUGGACUGCAUUCCCCAGGUGGUGCACCCCACCAUCCCUGCCCUGGGGACCCUCCUGCUGCUGGCCUCCACCCUGCUCAAUGGCCUCAGCUUCUGGGUCUUCUGCUUCCGCAUCAAGCAGUGGGACCCAGGCAUGCUCCUCCAGUUCAGCCUGGUCCUGGGAGACAUCCUGAUCAUCCCUUCCGUUCCCUUCCGCAUCUCCUACCUCAGCCUCAACAACCGGUGGCUCUUUGGGCAGUUCCUCUGCCAGCUUGAAGUCUUCCUGCACAGCACCCACGUGUACAGCAGCAUCUACUUCCUGACGCUCAUCUGCGUGCACCGGUACUUUGUGGUGGCACAGUACAAGAGCCAGUCCCUCUGGAAGAGGAGAAGCUUCCUGAGAAACCUCUGCUUGCUCACCUGGCUCGUCCUCCUUCUCCAGGGGCUGCCCAUCUUCUUCCUCUUCAAGACUUCGGUUAUUAAUGGCUCAGAAAAAUGCCUAAAUAUUCAUCAGUCAGAGCUGGCCUCUGUUUUCUUCGCCUACAACACAGUCGUGGUGGUGCUCUGCUUCCUCCUGCCCUUUGCCAUUGCCUUGACUUGUGGAGCUCUGUUGGGAGAUGCCAUUGCCAAAGCGGCGAACAAAAGCUCCAGAGGCAGGAAGAUGAAGAGCAGGUCUCUGCAGAUGAUAACAAUGUCCCUGGUGAUUUUUGGCAUCUGCUUUGGCCCGCUGCACAUCUGCAGGACCAUUGCUGUCACUGUGAAGUACUACGGCAUGUCUUGCAAGCUCCUGCAGCAAGCAGAAGUUGCCUACUACGUCAGCUGGGUGCUCACCAUGGCAAACACCUGCCUGGAUCCCCUGAUCUACGUCUUUGCUAACGAUAAGUUCAAGAAGAGCUUUGCUGACUCCUUUCGCAAACGCUGGGGCACCAAGAGCAGGGUGUGUGUGAGCACGGAGCUGAAGAGCACCCAGGUCCGAGUCCAGCACCUCAGCACAGGGGAAAAUGACCCACAUCCAGUCACCUGGCUGUCCCCUGGCCACCCAGAGCUCAGCAGCUCCUCAGCCCUGGAGGAAAUCCCAGC